AAACUGCAUACACAGCACGUGAGAGAGAAAUACGAACACUAUUCUCAAUGGGCUGAGCCCAUGGCAAAAAAAUCAAUUGUGUGGGUUUGGAAGCAGGCUGGUUCCUUAAGCUAACACUGCCCACCAGACUGUUCUCACACAAGCGCAAUGUGAAGGAGGUCUCGUUCUUUGUGUUGUUGAAAUCUCCACUUGUGGUACGGCUUCAGGUAAAAAUAGCAUGAUCCAAAUGUGAGUAAGCAACACUCUCAGGAACACGAAAAGUCAGUGCCACACAUCACACUUUUGCAGGUGAUUGUCAAGGCUCAAGGCCAAUCCUGAUUUGCUUGAAUCGGCAUCUAUGAGACACUGUCGCUGGAAAGUUCGCACUUCUGCCUCAACUUCUUCAGAGAUCUCCAACAGAUGGCGCCCAAUAUCAGCCUGAAUAUGUAAGAAAAUUAGAUGUCAUGAAAGGUUUUCAUCCAUGACAACAACACACAAACAGCACAGUGUCAGCAGUAAUCUAACUGAAGUGCCAUCCCAAACAGCCUCAUGAUGACCUGCCAUCUCUCCCUACAACCUAUCACAUGCCUCCUUCAGCCAGACAUCAACUCAUCGCCUCCCAACUACAAACUGUGAUCUAUCCACCACAUUCUGCAGUUUAGAAUCCUUACAUUUUGUUUAAACAAAAUCUGCUCAGUUAAACAAAAUGAAGAUUGGUUAUCCUCUGCUGGAAAAACUGGAACUGUCUACACCACGCAACGCUAGCAUCUACCGUGAUGCCACUGCACACGUAGAAGGAGCUGUUCUACUGACUGUUGCUGUCCUUGGUGGGAUGGGCAACCUCUUUCUCCUUGUCACCACUGCCACAUGCUUGCGUGUUCGCACCACUUCCUGCGCCUUUCUUUCUCACCACUGCCUCCUGGACACAAUUAAGUCCCUUUUCUGUGUUCCAUUUGCUGCUGCUUUGCUCCUGGGCAUUGACAUACCAUACUGUAAUGUGCUUGGUGCUUCCUACAUAUUCCUCAUGACCCUGACUGCCUAUAACCUCCUUGCCAUCCACAUUAAUGAAGAAUUCCAGCAAAGUGGCCAUCAUGAAGACACAUCAGAAAACAAUGAAGAAAGUAAUGGUCAGCAGACCCAUCAUUCAGGAGCUAGUUAUUCUUUCUGCUGUAUUUCCUUUGGAAUUUUCAUGAUCUGGUUCACUACCAUACUCCUGCACUUAGGUGUGGCUUUUCUGCCAAGUUCUGCAGAGUUCAGUUACAACAUUGGCAACUGUGUUUUUAACUAUGGCACACCUAAGAACUAUGUCAUCCACAUCCUCUGGACCCUGCUGGUCACUGUUGCCCUGGCUACGGCAAUCAUUUCCUUUGCCAAGCUUUACUGCAGACUGCGAGCACAUAUGCACAGCGAACAGUGGACGAUGCUUCACACCUCUAUCUCACACGAAUUACACCCUGAUUCUCAGGAGGCAUCAUCAGAAAACCCGCAUGGAAGUCAUAUUCACCAUGACAGAGAAGCCAACAAUGAAGAGCUUCACUAUGAGUUUGCUGAGGGCAUGGACCAAACUGCUGUGCAACAGAUGCAGCUGUGCCUACGUCGGGUGAUGCUGAUGCUGCUGAUGGCAGUGUCAUUCCUUGUCUUCUGGUACCCUCUCUUCUUGCUGACAAUAAUCGACGUGCACUAUCACCAGCCCCCACAGGUAUACCGCGCCUGCAUGAUCUUUGCAUGGUCCCACCCCAUCACCACCCCCAUCUUCUGUGCCAUCAUCUGCUCGGACAUCAACAGCAGCCACAAGCUGGCAAAGGCCGCCUACACAAAUGCUAUUCCUCUUAAGGAGUCCUCCUCUUUUUCCUCCUCGCCAUUUGCUCAUGAUGAAGCCCGACAACGGAUUAACCAAAAAUAUAAGAUGUACGAGAUGGGUUUUGCUAAUGAAAACUUCUCCUCAUCAAACCAUGGUUCACCUGGACUGUUGCACAAUAUAGGAAAACAAAGCACUUCCUCUUGUCCUGCUGCUGAUAGUGAAACCCCAACAACCUGCCACUCAUGCCCUGAGCAAAGCAGCAUUCAAACGCUCAUCAUGUGAAAACAAUACAUGAGCACAAGGAGAUAACUUUGUUAUUAAAAAAAAACUUGUACAAGUCUGACAAAGAAAUGCAGAAUAGUCUUUUUAUACCCCUUAGAAAACUACUUUAACAAGCAUGGGAAUGUAGGAAACAAUGGGUUGUAAAAUAAGACACAACCAACAGCAGGCUUUGAUAUUUCUAUGACAAUGGAAAGCAGCAAGUUUUACAUUGUCAAUAUGUGUCUAGUCUAAGAAUGUGUGAAAUGCAUCUCUAGCCUAACAAUGUAUGAAAUACAUGUCUAGCCUAACAAUGUGUGAAAUUAUUAACUAUUAAAAAAAUUCAAUGAAUCUGAGUAUCUCAUAAACCUAUAGAAAGAGCUAUUGAAAUCUGCAAUCCAAACUGCAAUGUCAUUAUUGUAUAGCUCACAUUCACACACAAGAAUAAGGACAGAAAAAU